AUGAAAAAGGAAGGUUUGUUGCUGGAAGUGGUCCCAGUAGGUUUCGGGAGCAGAGAUGAAUCUGAAGUCCUUAUCAUUUGCCUUCCCAAUGGUAAAAUUCUUAGUUCCUCAAUCCCAAACCUCCAGUUCUCAACACUCUGUGAUCUUAAGCAGCCUCCAUCCUACAUUGGGGUCACACAACGAGAUGGUACAAGCAGCCUGGUUGUGAUUGGAGAGCAAGGGAAGAUGCUGUUCAUUCGUCCACUGGGGAAUGGGAAGAUUUCCAUGCAGGAAAUAGUUGAGGAUAGUCCCAUUUUAGAUGCCUGCAUUCUGGGCUCUGAUAUCCUCUUUGCCACUCCCAUGACUCUCUUUCACCUGCAGCAUGAUCCACAGAAUGAUUCUGCAAGAGCCAUUGCAACAAAGCAUUCU